GCAGAGGCGGGGUCGGUGCCGCUGUGGCCGGUGGAGCCGCGAGUGGGCGGGUGUGUCCGCGGGGCCAUGCGGGGGGCGGCGAGGACGGCUCGGGGCGGCGUCCCCCGCACAAAGCCCGGUCCCGGUCGCGGCCCGACGGCGGCGGCGACCCCGGCCCCCCUGGUGCGCCGGGGCCCGGGCAGGCCGCGCUCCCGGAACGGCCUCGCCUCCCCGGGCCGGCGACGAGUGGCGACCCCGGGGCCGGAGGACGGAGCUCCGCCUUCCGGGGACCCCGCCCUUCUCCCGCCGAGGGGGCUCCCGCCGGAGGCUGUAGGGACAGGAAAUGGCCCCCGAGUCACCUCCCAGAUCGCAGUGACGUUUGGGGACGUGGACGUCGCUUUCUCCCAGGAGGAGUGGGGCCGGCUGAGCUGCGCCCAGAAGGCCCUGUACAGAGACGUGAUGCUGGAGAACUACCGGAACCUGGUGUCGCUGGGGCUCUGCCGCUCUAAGCCCGAUGUGAUCUCCUCCUUGGAACAGAGGACAGAGCCCUGCAUGGCCAAGACAGGAGGCUGGUGCCCAGGCGGGAAGGCUGUGCCCGCGGAGGAGGGGCUGUGUGAGGAACAGCUGUCCAGACCAGCGCUGCUGCACAGACGGGCCGGCUGCUGCCUGCAGGGCUCCGGGCAGGGGCAGCUCUGUGAUGGCGAGGCUCUGCUCGAGAGGCAGCUGGGCUUGGCGACCAGCACGCGGGUGGCCAGCGACUCCUCGCAGCAGCCCGGCCCGGCCCAGGGGAGUUUCCCUAAGGAUGUGACGCAGGGGAGCCCGGACCUGGAGGCAGGGCGCUGUGUGUCCCGGCUGCAGUGGCCUUCUCAGCUGCAUCGCGGGAGGGAGCCCUGGCUGGCGAAGAGAGAGCUGGCGGGAGGCCUCUUCUCAGCUCUGCGCUCACGGGGUAGAGCCCGUCGAAUGAGGAGCCAGGCAAAGGCGGCAAUGGGCAUUGACCUUCUUACAGCCAUGACCCCGGACGCAAUGACUUUCCCAGAUGUGGCCAUAGACUUCUCCCGGGAUGAGUGGGAGUGCCUGAAUCGCGCUCAGAGGACUCUGUACAGGAAGGUGAUGUUGGAGAACUACAGGACCCUGGUUUCCGUGGGUCUUUGCGUGUCUAAGCCAGACGUGAUCUCCUUGUUGGAGCAGGGUGAAGAGCCCUGGGUGACGGAUGGCGAGAUGGCAGGAGGCCUGUGCCCACACUCGGAGUGUGUGUGGAUGACCAAAGAAUUAUCUCCAAAUCAGGACAUUUACGAAGAAAAAUUAUCCCAGGUAACGAUAAUGGGAAGACUUACAAGCUCUGAUAACUUUGAGUGUUCCACAUUAGGGGAAAACUGGAAAGGUGAAGACCUGUUUGAGAGGGACCUGGUAAGUAAGAAGCCACAGUUUAGGCAAGAGACGGUCAAUCAUAUAGGUGCGCUCAUUGAGAAAAAAGACCACUCUAACAAACCUGGGACAGCUUUUCAUCUGAAUACAUUUUCUUAUGUAAAACACAUAUUUCCCAUUGAAGAGAGAACAUACAAUUUUGACACAGAUAAGGAAAGCUUAAAAACACAGGCAUUUGUUAAAAAACACAAGCAAGUCUGUGGAGGAAAGAAACUUCUGAAAUGCAAAGACUGUGAGAAAACUUUCAGCAAAAUCUCUACCCUGACUCUUCAUCAAAGAAUCCAUACCGGAGAGAAACCCUAUGAAUGUAUUGCGUGUGGAAAGGCCUUUAGCCAGAGUGCCCACCUAGCUCAACAUCAGAGAACACACACGGGAGAAAAACCCUUUGAGUGCGCCGAGUGCAGGAAAUCCUUUAGCCAGAAUGCUCAUCUUAUUCAACACCAGCGAGUUCACACUGGGGAGAAGCCUUAUCGGUGCCAGCGCUGCACCAAAGCCUUCAGCCAGCUUGCACACCUCGCUCAGCAUCAGAGGGUCCACACAGGAGAGAAACCCUAUGAGUGCAUUGAGUGCGGGAAGGCGUUCAGCGAUUGCUCCUCCCUGGCUCAUCAUCGAAGAAUUCACACGGGAAAGAGGCCCUAUGAAUGCGCUGACUGUGGGAAAGCCUUCAGGCAGAAUGCUUCUCUCAUCCGCCACCGGAGGUACUAUCACACCGGAGAGAAACCCUUUGGCUGCGCCAACUGUGGGAAGGCUUUUACAGACCACAUCGGACUCAUUCAGCAUAAGAGAAUUCACACCGGAGAGAGGCCUUACAAAUGUGACACGUGUGGGAAGGCGUUCAGCCACGGCUCCUCCCUGACUGUACAUCAGAGAAUUCACACGGGAGAGAAACCAUACGCGUGUGCGUUCUGCGAGAGAGCCUUCAGCCACCGCGGCUCUCUCACUCUUCACCAGAGAGUUCACACCGGGGAGAAACCCUACGAAUGUCAGGAAUGUGGGCAAGCGUUUCGGCAGAGCACACACCUGGCUCAUCACCAGAGAGUUCACACCGGAGAGAAGCCUUAUGAGUGUCAGGAGUGCGGCAAGGCCUUCAGCCAGAAUGCACACCUCGCCCAGCAUCGCAAAACACACACGGGAGAGAAGCCUUAUGAGUGUGAGGAGUGCGGCCGGGCCUUCAGCCAGAUCGUACACCUCGCCCAGCACCGGCGGGUUCACACGGGCGAGAAGCCUUACAAAUGUACCGAAUGCGGGAAGGCCUUCAGCGAUGGCUCCUAUCUGGUCCAACAUCAGAGACUCCACACUGGGAAAAGACCAUACGAAUGCCUCGAGUGUGGGAAGGCAUUCAGGCAGAGGGCGUACCUGAUUUGUCACCAAAGGUGUCACACAGGUGAGAAGCCCUUUGAGUGUAAUGUGUGCGGGAAAGCCUUCAGCCACCGCAAAUCCCUUACUCUGCAUCAGAGGGUUCAUACGGGGGAGAAACCUUACGAGUGUCAGGAAUGUAGCAAAGCCUUCAGCCAGGUAGCCCACCUGACGCUGCAUCGGAGAAUCCACACUGGAGAAAGGCCCUACGGGUGUGAGGAAUGUGGGAAGGCCUUCCGGCAGAGCGUUCAUCUCGCGUAUCACCAGCGAAUUCAUACUGGAGAGUCCUCCUCCUCCUGCUCCUCCUCCUCCACUCGUCCCUCCUCCGCGCCCAUGUGCCACCGAGUCCUCUAGUUCAGUCUCCCCAGGCCUCUAGAAUCCACCCACACUCCCCAGUCUAUGUCCCGUCAGCCUAAUCCAGGACUUUUGCAAAUAGCGUUACAGCCAUUUUCCCUCUUGCUCCCCUCAAGUACAUAGUUUUAACACUGUAGUCAGCUUAACCUCUUAAAAAUUAAAAUGUACUCAUGUUACUUUCCAUUCAAAACACAGAUUUUGAAGACUAUUAGGUGAUCCAUUUAAAGGGCUCAGCACAUAAUCCGUGGCACAUAAUUAGAGUAAAAGUUGCCUUACAGAUAUGUCCACCUACAAGGAAAAGGAACCAGUAGCUCAGGAUUACGAAACCUGCAGUCUUCAGAGCAGACAGAGGGCUCUCAACUCUCCCUGUAGGUACGAAAAGUGAACACACCGGGAAUUGAAGGAGUCUGUGAUCCACAGGGUGACAUGGCGGCUUACUGCUCCCUCUGUGUGAAUAAAUAUGAGUAGCACUGAUGAUGAUGAGGAGUGCUUCUCAGUGCACUUAGAAGUGAGAAUAGGCCAAUCAGGACAAAGUCGUUUGGUAGAAUGGAGGACUAGCCAGGGGAGAGUAUUGAACACAAACCCAAACAAGCUAGGAAACUCAAAUAGAUUCAUAGCAUGGAACAAACUGGAAGAGGUAGUUCAACGCUGUGACUGAUUGAAAUGCAUCAUGACAAUUCCUGAGAUAUUGAUAUUGUUCUAGAGCAGCCGUGGGCAAACUACGGCCCGCGGGCCGGAUCCGGCCCGUUUGAAAUGAAUAAAACUAAAUAAAAAAAAGA